GAAAUACAUUUUUGAUGCUGAAAGUGGUUCCUUUUUGAAGUAUCACAUAUGUUUAACGGUGAUACUCAUUAAAAGAUACAAAAGAGUUUUGUAUACAUACCUAUAAGUACCGAUGAUCGGAAGACAAUAAGACGAAAAAUAGAAUGUACGACUAUAUUAUUUUAAAAGACCUCUUUGGCUGGUGGUUUUAAUAAAAAAAUUAAUAAAACUGUCUCUUUAAUAAAAGGACUUUGAAGAAAAAAGACAGUGGUAAAUUGUAAAGUCUGAAGAAAUACCUAAGCAAACUUGUGUUGGCAUUCAUGCCGGUGACCAAAAGUGAGGAAUUGAAAGUGACAUUAGCUCGUCUUGGAAAACAAAAUAUAUGGCUCAGGAGAUAGCGUUGGACAAUCCUGAGCUCAAAGCCAGUCGCGAAUGGAGUACCACGAGUGACUCUCACAGUUGGUACCCAAGAAAUCUUUUAUCCACUAGUUACAACCAUAAAGGAAACGACUUAUCUUCAGAAAGAAAAAGAUCCCAGAGAGGUACAGACGUUAUCAAUUUUAUCGAUAGAAAUAUCAGGAGAGUUAGUGAAACACAGAAAAUUGAGUACGAUAUUGAAGAACCAGAUUACAUUUGUUCUCGACAUGGAUCUAGAAAAUCUAGUACGCCCAGUACAAAGUCCCCACCUCCGACAAAAAAUAAUAGGAGGAGUACACCCAUAGUUGAGGAAAACCUACCAAAGCACACAGAAAACAAGACAGUAAUGAAAGAUGUUACCCAAGUAUCAAAUUCUUCACGAGGUUCAAAAGGAAGUAACAAUUCGCAAGGCAAGAACUUGUUCCAAAAAUAUCUUAACGAAGGUUUUCCAGAAACUGAAAAUAAAUCAAAUGGCAAUGGUUACGGAAAAUAUAAUAUAAAAAAGACAACGUGUAAGGCUUGUAUGGAGAAAUGGAGGGAGCCUUUGCCUACACCAAAAACUCCAAAAGUGAAGAAAUCCAGCGUCGUACCCAAUAUAGAAGAUUAUCCUCUCAAAACGAACAGUAAGCACAGAGUCGAUAUGCUGAUCAAUAAAGAACUCUACACGCUGGACUCUUACAACAGAAGAUUCUCGUCGAAAAAUGGUGGCAGCAGAUCUUCUACAAAAGACCGAUCUAGUGAUUCUCACGAAUAUGCCAACCGUAAUCCCAUGAUUUUGGCUAAAAAACAACAAGAGAUUCGAAACAAGGAGGCGCAGAAGAAGGUAGAGCGGUUUUUAAAGGAGCCAAUUGAAAAGAAAUGAAAUGUACAAUUGAACUUUAAUAUAUAUUGUAACAAUCUAAAAAAAUUAAAUUUUUUUUCGAUUAAAA